GGCUCAGGCGUGCUGUGGGCUAGAGAUGGUUGAGAGGGAAGUUUUGUACAUAGGACUGUAUGCUGCAGGGCUUCAGGAAAAUGGCCGUCGUUUUGGAGACAACAAGUUACGGAUGACUUGUAGUGUGUCAGUGGGGGGCGGUGCUGUCAGUGACAGUCCGGUUACAGAUGGAGGGCAACCGUGUGGUCCUGGGCAUUGAUGUGGGCACUAGCUCAGUGAAGGCCCUGAUAUUCGAGCCUGCCACCCGGGAGGUGCUGCACAGCCAGUGCCGGGACACAAGGGCGGGGCAGGAGAGUGAGUGUGGAGCCCAGGGAAAAGAACAAGAUGUUUGUCAGAUCAUCAAGGCCCUGAAUGACUGCUUGACUGCUCUGCCCAGAGAAAGUCUGCAGAAAGUGUCACGAAUUGGAGUGUCUGGACAGAUGCAUGGAGUCCUAUUCUGGAAAACCAACCAAGGAUGUCAUUGGAUUAACAGUGCAAAUCUCAGGGUCUUUGAGCCCAGAGAAGUCAGUCAGCUUGUCACCUGGGAAGAUGGACGGUGCACUACAGACUUCUUGUCCUCUUUACCCCAGCCACAGUCCCAUCUGAAUUUGGCCUCAGGCUUUGGCUGCACAACUAUAUUCUGGUAUCUAAAGAACAGGCCGGAAUUCCUUCAGCAAUAUGAUGCGGCUGGAACAAUCCAGGACUAUGUUGUCUCAAUGGUGUGCGGACUGCAGAAACCUCUGAUGUCUGUGCAGAAUGCUGCUAGCUGGGGAUAUUUUAAUACCAGAACCAAAACCUGGAACAUGGAUAUUUUACAGGAGUGGGGUUUUCCUGUACAUCUUCUCCCCAAUGUCCUGGAUGCUGGGUGUAUAGCUGGGAAGACUUCCUAUGAGUGGUGUGGAAUCCCUCAGGGGGCAGAAGUUGGUGUUGCUUUAGGAGAUUUCCAGUGUUCAGUCUACAGUGCAUCACCUGAAAUCACAGACGCAGUCAUGAAUAUAAGCACAUCUGCUCAGCUGACCUUCUCCAUGCCGGGGGGAUUCCAGCCUGAAGACCAUCCUAGUCCUCCUCAAGCUGUGACAUAUUUUCCUUACUUCAAGGAUCGGUAUUUGGCAGUUGCGGCUUCUCUGAAUGGAGGGAAUGUUUUUGCUUCCUUCGUCACAAUGUUAACUCAAUGGACGUCAGAGUUAGGCCUUGAAACGUCUGACACCAACAUAUACGCAAAAGUGAUCAGUGCCACGUUGUCUGUACAUGACACUAAUCUUACCAUUUGUCCUACACUGUAUGGAGAGAGGCAUUCUCCGGACAGUCAAGCUUCUGUUUCCAACCUGACAUCCGCCAACCUUUCACUUGGUCACGUGGCUAGAGCUCUGUGCCGCGGCAUUAUUGAGAACAUUCAUUCCAUGCUGCCAUCUCAUCGUCUGAAGGAGUCUGGAAUUGAGCGAAUCAUUGGGAGCGGAAGCGCACUGGCAAGGAAUGAGGCCUUAAAGCAGGAGGUGGAAAGAAUCUUCCCUUUUCCUAUAGUCUAUGGAAAGGAUGUUGAUUCUGCUGUAGGUGCAGCUAUGGUAAUGGUUCAACAGUAGCCAUACCUAAAUAUAUUACCAAUCUGUGGCCUUAUUGGGUAAUUAAAACAGAACCAUAUAGAUAUCAGUUGCUUCAUAGUAAAGCAGAUGCACAUUUGCCUAUAUAACAUCCUAUGUCUGGUUCUGUGCUUUGUGUUUUAUUGCUUAUUGAUAAGUAUUUUGCCUGCUGAAUUACAAAAUGGUUUAUUUUAAUUAUAAUU